AAACCAACAACUUUAGCAAUAUAGAAGAAAAUGGCAAUUCAAAGCAGGAUCACAGUCCACAAGUUCGCAACAGAGGGCUCAAGGCUCGAUUUUGGCGCAGAAAUCCGCGGUGCAGACCUUGAGAACCUCGACGGAACCGACUUUGAAGUGAUCCGGAGAGCCCUGUACGAGAACCAGGUUGUUGUGUUCAAGGGCCAACAACAUCUUUCUCCUCGGGCUCAAUAUGAGCUUACUAGGCUCUUCGACCCCGAUUGCACUUCGUACGGCCAUGGGAAGACGAUCGAUGCGAAGCGUUCCAUUCUUCAUCCAGACUUGAAGACGAUCCCACAUCAGCCACAGGUGCAAGUCAUUGGCAAUGGGAAGGUCUCGGAGUUUCAGGGCCUGAAGGAUAUCACCUUGAAGCACCCACACCAUAAAUCCUUCCACAAGGACGUCAUUUCCGAAGAAGACGACCGCGACAACACUCGCUUCUACCGAUGGCACAUCGACGCCGCUCUGUAUGACCUCAACCCACCACGCGUCACCAGUCUGAUGGCCGUGUCUGUACCCAAGACAGAAUAUCAGACUCUCCGCUACGACGACGGCUCCAACGACAAACUCAGUGUCCCACGUGGCAGCACAGUUUUCGUGAGCUCCUACAAGAUGUACGACCUUCUCUCCGAACAAGAGAAAGACUUUGCCCGCACAACCAAAGUCCAGUACGCAGCGCACCCAUACGUUUGGAUGUCUGCAGUCAAGUCCCGCUCCGACGGCCUCGGCCUCAUAUCCGAAGGUCUUGAGCUCCCAAAGUCCGGACUCCCAGAAAUCGAUGAGAGCAAGAUCAAAAUUCUCCCAAUGUGCUGGCGCAACCCUGUCACGGGCAAGUUAGCUCUCCAAGUCCAUCCCUCUGCAGUCGAGAAGCUGCACCUCGCUGAUGGCAGCGUCAUCGAAGAUUUAAAGGAGGUCCGGGAGAUCAUCCACAGACUGCAACGUCCUGGGAUUGCGCCAGAACUCGUUUACGCUGUGGAUGGGGAAGCGGGAGAUUUGGCUCUCUUCAACAACCAUGGCGUCCUUCACUCCGUUACCGGAAGCUUUCUGCCUGACGAGGUGAGGAUUUUUAGACAGUGUAAUUUGGCUUCUAGUGAGGAGCCUUUGGGACCUUUGCCAGUAGUCGCUGCGGCCGUUUGAGUGAAGCAAAAUGCUGUGUGUGUGGUGCAGUCUUCUUUUUGAUAUGUCUGGGCGUUGCGUUUUUAGGUUUCUUUGAGCAAGGCGCUGCUGCUACUGUACUACGAAUGAUACCCGCGGUGGAACAGAUCUACCUGCACUGGAAGCAAGGCGCUGUGAAAAUUGCCUCGUACAUACGUCAGCAGAUCUACCUGCGAUUGUAAAUAGAUUGAUAGAUCGUGAGAAGAAUUGAGGACCAAGUCUCAUUCGUC